AUGGUGAAAGAAGAUCGUUCAACCUGGAAAGCUAAAUAUACAAUGCGUUUAACGCAAUAUUUGGAUGAAUUUCCAAAAGCAUUUGUUGUUGGUGCUGAUAAUGUUGGUUCACGACAAAUGCAAAAAAUUCGUGUAUCACUUCGUGGACAUGCUGUUAUUCUUAUGGGUAAAAACACAAUGAUGCGAAAAACAAUUCGCGGACAAGUAUCAAAAAAUUCUAAUUUGGAAAAAUUAUUACCACAUGUUUAUGAAAAUGUUGGUUUUGUUUUUACAAAAGAAGAUUUAAGUUCAAUUCGUGAAAAAAUUUUAGAAAAUAAGGUUGCUGCUCCAGCUCGGGCUGGUGCUAUUGCUCCAGUUGAUGUUACUAUUCCAGCUCAAGUAACUGGUUUAGGUCCGGAAAAAACAAGCUUCUUUCAAGCUCUUCAAAUUCCAACAAAAAUUACACGUGGUACUAUUGAAAUUAUUAAUGACGUACAUUUAAUAAAAAUCGGUGAAAAAGUCGGUGCUAGUGAAGCAACAUUACUUAAUAUGUUAAAUAUUUCACCUUUCAGUUAUGGUCUUAUUAUCCGUCAAGUUUAUGAUUCUGGUUCAUGUUUUGAACCCGCUAUUCUUGAUAUUAAACCAGCUGAUUUACGUACAAAAUUUUCACAAGGUGUUCAACGUUUAGCAGCAUUUUCACUUGGUAUCAAUUAUCCAAAUCAAGCAUCAGCACCUCAUCUUAUACUUAAUGGAUUUAAACGUUUACUUGCAUUAGCUGCUGAUACUGAUGUUGAAUUCGAACAAGCUAAAACUUUGAAAGAAUUUUUAAAAGAUCCAUCAAAAUUCGCUGCCGCAUCAGCACCAGCACCAACAACUGCUGCUCCAGCUCCCAGUGCUAAACCAGAAGCAGCAAAACCGGAGAAAAAACCUGAACCCGAAUCAGAUGAUGAUGAUAUGGGUGGUCUUGAUAUAUUCGGUUAA